UUAACGCAUAUAUAUAUAGACAACAAAGCAUCUAUCGUUUUAUCUUUACAUUUAUCACACUUCCAAUCUCUUUUCUCCAAACCAAAGCAAGAUAACAAAACUUUCGCUCUCGUCUUUAGCCACGUAAUCAUGGACGUCGAGCAUCACAACUCCGGCCAUAUCAGUAGACCAACGGUGGUUAUUCCAUCGUCGAGAAAGCUUCUUUCCUCCGUCAAAUCUCCUUCUUGGGCAUCUAGUCCUCGUCACCACGAUGAUGAUCAAAAAGACUAUUGUUACGACCCUGACUCUGACUCUGACGAUCCUUACUCCGGAGACCAUUUCCGGAUGUACGAAUUCAAAAUCCGACGGUGCAACCGUAGCCGUAGCCACGACUGGACAGGCUGUCCUUUCUCUCAUCCCGGCGAGAAGGCUCAUCGUCGUGACCCUCGCCGGUAUCACUACACGGGUGAACUCUGUCCUGAGUUUCGCCACGGUGGAGAUUGUAGCCGUGGUGAUGAAUGCAGCUUCGCUCACGGCGUUUUCGAGUGUUGGCUCCAUCCUAGUCGCUACCGUACGGAAGCUUGUAAAGACGGUAAGCAUUGUACGAGAAAAAUAUGUUUCUUUGCUCACUCUCCGCAGCAGCUUAGAAUUCUCCCACCGCCAGAGAGUUUCGCCUUCUCUGGCGGUGGGGGAUCGUCACCCGCGUCGGUGUUAAGUAACAAAAGUACUAAUGGGUGUUGUAUGUUUUGUUCCCACUCUCCAACGAGCCCACUAUUUCGUUUAGCACGAUCACCGUCGUCGUCUCCGCCUCUAUCUCCGGCUGAUAAAGCCGCUGAAAUUUCACGGCUGAGUCGCCACCGAUCUGCCGUGACAUACAAGGAAAUACUUAACGAGCUGAUUAAUUCUUUAGAUUCCUUCAGUCUCACGGAAUCACUCACCGCUGCUUAUUCCUCGUCUCCGAUCACAAUGCCGGUUUCCACGGCGUCAAUGCUUGCCUCAUCAGGUUACCUCAGUGGCCAGCUUCAGCCGCCGCCGCUGAGCUUUUUCAGUGAAGAGUUUACACCACGCGGUGGUCGCGUAAGCAAUUUCACGGCAGCUGCAACUGCAGAGGCUGAAGCUAGGGAGACGAGUAGCUUUGAGAUUGGUUGUAGUGGCGAUCUUGAUCUCGGAUGGGUGAACGAUCUCCUGACAUGAUCUAUGUAAAUGGUUGGAGAUACUUUCAGUCGGAAAGUAAUGUACGGUGGUAUUGUCUAUUGAAAAUUGUUAAUUUCUAUUCUUUUUUCUCCAUGAGAGUUAAUUAAAAGUCUGUACUAUGCCAUGCUUUAAAAAAGAAAAAAACUUCUUCCCGUUUUCUUUUUCUUUUUUUUUUUUGAAAAUAAGAGUCCAUAGCUUCUAUUGUAAUAUUGAUCUCUUGGAACUUGUAAUAUCUGCUAUACUG